CCUGCCACUUCUACAUUUGUACUCCCACUGGCUCUUUAUCCUCUCAACCGGCUGCGCAUAAGUCUCUUGUGAACCUUUUCUUGUCCCACGGAGAUCCCUUCAACCCGCACUCCGUUGUCUCACCCGCUUACCUAUCGGCCAUUUACUUGUCUGCCUAGACUAUAAUUUUCUCAGCCCAUCGCUGUCUUGCUUCAGCUAUCCCCUGAAGCCGACUCUCCCCACAUCACCAUCGCCUGGUUGCCACACCAUAUUUCUCCAUCAGUCUUAUCAGCUGCAUAUUCUCAGUCAGAUCGAACGCGUUCGCAAUUGGCGGAUUCACAGCAAUGACAUUUCUCCUUUGGCUUGUCACGAGUCUCGUGCGCUGGGUGCGACUGAAGAUUUACCAGUAUGAGGUGACUUUCGCCGUGUAUAUGCUCACUCCUACCGAAAAGUUCAUCUUUAACUCUCUCCUCCUCACCCUCCUCACCAUGAUUAUCACCGGCAUUUACGUCUAUUUGCCCGAUCAUAUCCGAGCCAUUUACAGCCACUUAUACUAUUACUGGGUCGGCGAACGUCCAUUCAUCUCCGGAAAUCUUCCGACCAUCAAUUCUGUAUUCCGCGAAGUCGGCACUCAGACUAUGGAUGUCCUCUAUGAGACAGCCAAAAACCAAGCUGCCACGGUCACCGAUUCGAUUGCCGAACUCUGAUCUCCUUCGUUGCCUUGGUCUCCGCACUGAUGUGCUUUCUAUCUCCCCACCUCUUCUCGGAUUUCGGCUUCCGGAAGUUCGGAAACAACGAUGCACUUUGUUUGCUGAGGUGCAUUUUCAGCUGUGAUACCGUGGGGGCCAAUUGCCAUUCUUUCUGCUA